AUGACAGAUUGCGUCAGCGCGUACACAUCCACCUCGGUAUGGGAGGGCGAUCCGUGGGAUUUCCCUAUGCUGCGCGCCCUCGUAGCUUCUGGGAAGCUUCGGGGAGCUGCGAGUGUAUCAGCACAUCAACAAAGUGCUAACCAGGACCUGGGGGAGGCUAAUAAUGAGGAUUUCGUCCCGUCCCUCGCGUAUGGAAUCCUAGGGUCGAAAGACGACACGGAUCGAAUCUAUCGCCUCCUAUUGGCCACAUACCAUCCCCGGAACCUAUAUGCCGUCUACCGCCAGGAGAGUGUGUUUGCGGACAAUGCACUGUUUGAGAGGCGGAGAGGAGGACGAUGGAUUGCUGAUAUGCGCGAUAGGGUUACGAGAUUCGAGGUGUACACUGGCUCCUUCCCUCUGCUUGCAUCUCGGCCGUUGAUCCGCUAUUUAAUUGACGAACCACACGCGAUCCCACGCCGCAUGCUCAUGUUCCUGGGGGACACGCUCUCGCCCCACCUGCACUACAUGCCAACCGCCGCCUGCCAGGCCGCCCGGUUUAAUCACUCGGUCGUGAACAGUGGCCUGCACUUCCCGCCCUUUACAGUCACGCAAGGGCACGAGAUGCCUUCGGUCAACUCCUCUCUCUGGCAAAACCUAACUGGGCGAGGUGCUUUUGGGGGAGGUGCCCCUGGGGGAGGGCCCUUCCUGUUCGUGCAUGAUGUGGAUCCAGGCUUGGUUACCAAGAUAGACAGGGAGCUUCUCCAUAGAGAGGAAGAGAGUGUAGUGGACUGCAGAAUGUGGUGUAUACCCGUGUGA